AUGGCCGACGAAAAGAAGGCACUCGGAGGUGGCAUCAUCGGCACUAUCCUAGGAACCUCCACCAAAGAUGGCAUUGAAACCUACCCAACCGAUGCAGAAGGACAUGUUAUGCUCCCAGCUUCAUUGUCUGAACUCACACCCGAGCAAUUACACGAAUACGAUACCAAGCUCUUGAGAAAGGUUGAUGGCCGUAUCUUGCCAAUCAUUUUCUUCUUGUACUUUGCCAACUUCUUGGACCGAACCAACAUAUCGCAAGCUACCAUUGCCAACUCUGAAGCUGGCCACACCAUCUUCCAAACAAUUGGUCUUACUUUGGAUCAAUACAAUUGGGCCAAUACCAUUCUCUUCUUCCCUUACGUGUUGUUCGAGUACCCAUCAAACAUCAUCCUCAAGUGGGCAACGCCAAGUAAAUGGAUUGGUCGUAUCGGAAUAACCUGGGGUAUCGUCGCCAUGACAUUCGGAGCCAUCACUGAUUACAAGGGUCUGUACAUCUGUCGAUUCAUGCUCGGAUUGAUGGAAGCUGGAUUAUCACCUGGUGUUACGUACUAUUUGACUUUCUGGUACCGACGAUCCGAACGUGGUUUGCGAUUGGGUGCCUUCUUCUUGGGUGGAUCAUUAUCUGGCGCUCUCGGCGGUCUUUUGGCUGCUGGUAUCUUCCAAUUGGACACCAAGGGUGGUCUUUACGGGUGGCAAUGGACCUUCAUCAUUGAAGGAAUUCCCUCAAUCAUUAUGGGAGUUGUUACUCUCUUAUUCUUGCCCGACUUCCCCCGUACUACCAAAUGGCUUACACCCGAAGAACGUCAAUACAUGGAACAUCGCCUUACUGGUGAAGCUGGUUCUGACUCUCGAGGAGACGCUUGGGUCUGGUCUGAAUUCUACGCCUUCUUACGCAACCCUCUGUCCUACACUUUCUGUAUCAUCCAAUUCUGUAACUCUGUCGCUGUAUACGGUCCAUCUGCAUACGCUUCCGUUAUUUUAAACACUGCCUUCGGUCCAGUCAAGACUGGUGGUUUGGGCUUCAGUUCCACCGCCAUUGUCGCCAUGGGUGCCACCACUAACUUCUGGGGUAUCAUCAUGUGUUUGAUUAUGGUCAGUUCUGCUGAUUACCGUCGUGACAGAUACUUCCACUUGUUGUUCGGAUAUGCUUGCGUCUUGGCCAGUUUCGGUCUCUUCGCAACCACAUACAAUGACAGGCCAUGGACCAAGUUCGGAGCUCUGUUCUUGGCUAACUCUGGAUUGUCCUCUGCUACUCCACUACUGAUGGCAUGGCGUACCGACUCGGCCUACGGAACUACAUACUCAGCAACUGUAACUGCUGUCACCCUCGCUUUCGGUAACAUUGGAGGAGCUGUAGCACCACAACUCUUCUUCCCAUCUGCAGCACCAUUGUACUUCACCACUUUCUGGAUCUUGUUCGGUCUGGUUGCUCUGUCUGUUGUCUUGGUCACUGUCAACUAUGCCAUUGAAUACUUCAUCCCUGAGACAUACGGCCCUAACGGUCCUUACCACUUCAAAGCACGCCACGCUGCCGCCGUCGCUCGAAGAGCUUCAUUAGGAACCGUAUAA